AUGCUUCUCUCUUAUACAUAUACAUUAUGGCAUCAAUUACGAUUAUUGAAAUCAUUUGCAAUUAGUGGUAAAGUUCGAAAGUAUCCUUGCUACAAAUGUGAUGGCGGUGUUCGUCGUCGCUGUCAAGGAAUGCGUUUCUUCAAUCGGUAUUCAUUUCAGACUUGUCUUAUUAUACUUUUGUUAUUUUUAAUUCUUGUCUAUUACUAUAAUUAUUCCUGUUUAGCAGUAGUACAUCCAAAACUAUCACCACAAUCUACUGUUCGUAUUAUGUAUGUUGUUCGAACAGUUUCAAAGUACUAUUCAACUCGUCUUAUCUAUCUCCUUCAAACAUGGAUUCCACUCGUUCAAGAACAUGUCUUUUUUGUUAGUGACAUUCUUCUACCAAAUAUCACUCAAACUCAUAUUAUCCCUACAGAAAAAACAUGUGGCCUAAGUUCACAUUCAGUGAGAUCUUUAUGUUGUCAAACGAUUCAUGACUUUAUUCUCUAUCGUCGUCAUGCAUCGAAUUAUGAUUGGUUGUGCCAUAUUGAUGAUGAUCAAUAUGUUCAUGUAGAUAAUCUUCGCAAAUAUUUGUCUACACUUGAUUUUCAUCGUCCGUACUAUAUUGGACGUAAUUCAUGGAGUACUACAUUUAAACGAACAAAAAAUCCUUAUCCAUAUCAUUUUUGGUUUGCGACACUCGGUGCUGGAGUAUGUCUAUCGAAAGGUAUUCUUCAUUUGCUUGAUUUUCAUACACAAACGGCUUCACAAUUUAUUAAUGGAUGUAUUCGUGAAUAUUAUCCCGAUGAUAUUUAUCUUGGCUUUCUUAUUAGUAAUCAUCUCAAUGUGUCAUUGACAAAAAAUCUUCGCUUUCAUUCUCAUCUCGAACGUUCGUUAUUUGAUGAUAAACACUCAUUUAUAAAAACAUUCCAUCAACAAAUUACAUUUGGAUUUGGACUACCUCAUGUAGUCCCACGAUUUCUUCCAUAUUUGUUCCCUAAAAAUAUUGAUCCAUUUCGUAUGCGUACACUUCAUUGUCUCCUUUAUACUCAGCUAGAAGAUUGUCAAAUAAGAAUACAAAAGUAUCUUUUAAAUAUGGCUGAAUGA